AUGUCUGCCUUCCGCAACAGCCGGACUGCCCGAGUGCAGGUCCGCGGCUUCGCGACCUCUCCAAGUCUUCGAGUUGGGCCCGAAUCACCUCACUUCAUUGAAGUGCCACGCACAGUGCAGCCCACUAACCCCGGGAAACCCCGCGUCAAGGGUACACUUCCUGUGCCUCGUGAGCUAUUCCCAGCCCGUCGCGCCGACAAGCCUCGCAAAGCAUACCUUGAUGCCGCUACACCAAUGCCCGCUACCGAGCGGACAGUGAACCCAAAGAGCAGCAACCCCGAGAAGCAGGCCUUCAAGCUCAAGAUGGCGGACGUGCGGCGACAAAACCUCCGGGAUGGUCUCCGAGACUUAUACAAGCGAAAACGCGAGGCUGAGGCAGUAAUUCACAACCGAAGUUUCGAAAGCCAACGCCGCCGUGAGCAAAUUCUCCAACAACCGCUGGCGGAGGACGAGCAUCUUACCCGUUCGUCCGUCGUGGCCACUAUGCGGCCUUCAAAGGGCUCAGCUCUUCAGGACCCGAACCGGGAACAACGUCUGGCUCUUUCGAAGGCGCGAUUGGCGAUGAAAAAAGCGGAGAAGGAGGCACAGCUACAGGAUGAUAUUCAUUCCCUGUACAUGAACGCCCGUACCUUCAUCACAACCGAGGAGCAGCUCAAUGCUGAGAUCGAAAAAGUGUUCCCCGAUGGCGAAAACGAAGCCUGGCGCAACGACUAUCAGAAUGGUGAGAACAUUUGGAACCUGGGCAACCCGCCUACCGUGCAGAGCAUCGUCAAUAUGACCAAGAAGAGCGAGACUGCUCGCUGGGACGUUAUUCAGGACCGUGUGAAGAAGCUGGGUGAGCAGAUUACCGGAGGUAAGCUGUGA